AUGGAGUUGUUCUCCGACGAAGCGUUAGCCAUCGUCGUGCCCAUCUUGGUCUACUGGGUGUACUCUGGCAUGUAUAUGGCACUUGGCCAGUCCAUGGAUAAGUACAGGCUGCAUCCCAGGAAGGAGGAGGACAGCAAGAACCUGGUGUCCAAACGCGACGUCGUCAUGGGCGUCCUCCUGCAGCAGCUGGUUCAGGCUGCCGUCGCCGCCGCCGUCUUCACCCUAACGGGAGAUAGCCGCAGUAUCUCGUCGACGACGGCGCAAGAUCGCAUGAGCGGCGGCUCGCCGUCGUCGUUCCUGAAGCUGGCACGGCAGUUCGCGGUGGCCAUGGCCGUGCUGGACGGGUGGCAGUACGCGUGGCACCGGUACAUGCACCUGAACCGGUUCCUGUACCGGCACGUCCACUCGUGGCACCACCGCCUCGUCGUGCCCUACGCGUUCGGCGCGCAGUACAACCACCCCGCCGAGGGCCUCCUCCUCGACACGCUCGGCGGCGCGCUCGCCUUCCUCGCCUCCGGCAUGUCGCCGCGCGCCUCCAUCUUCUUCUUCUCGCUCUGCACGGUGAAGGGCGUGGACGACCAUUGCGGUCUCUGGCUGCCGGGGAACGUGUUCCACCUCUGCUUCUGGAACAACACGGCGUACCACGACGUGCACCACCAGCUGCGCGGCAGCAGGUUCAACUUCUCACAGCCGUUCUUCGUGACGUGGGACAAGGUCUUCGGGACGCACAUGCCUUACGUCCUGGAGGAGAGGCCAACUGGUGGCCUCCAAGCACGCCCCCUCAUGGCGAGACCCGCCACCGGCAAUAUAAUGGCGACGAAAACUAGCUAG